AUGUUUUCAUUUCCAGCGCCGAGCGUUUAUCAAUCCUCAAAAUGCUUCGUCACAUACGGAGUAAUGGGUCAUCCUGAUCCCCAAAAAUUACCAAGCAAAGGAAAACCAUGGAGUACGUUGCUAUCGCAAGACUUCGUACACAAAGUGGAUCUAAUCCUCCCGGCGGAACUAGUACAGCUCGUCGAGGAUAAACUAACAGGUGAUCCAAGCCGAGCACCUGAAUUUUAUAAGGUUAUCAUGACAGUUGGUCAAAUCGUAGAAGGUGACUUCUUCACCGAAUACAUCAAGAUAGGCAACAUUAUGAUGCUCUCGGAGGGAAGAGUAGAUUCCGAGAAUGUAUUUUUGCUAAAAGAAGGUAUGCUCACGAUGUAUCUCGACAAAGAGACGUAUGAGCGAGCUGGACUUGUUGGAAAGCCACACGGAGUCAAGGGUAAACGAGGACUUAAACCGAGAUGGGUUGUACAAUUCGAUCUUCGAAGUCCCUCGAUGCUCCACGGUAAGAAGGGCUUUGACAGAUUGGCAUAUGCGUGUAAAAAUGUUUUCAACGCACCGGUCACCUGGUUUUUUCAUAAUCUUUCCAAGACACCCGUUCCUGAUCCUCUCUCACGGCACUAUCCUGUUAAGUAUACAUCGCACCCCAAGGUCUCUGAGAAUAUUUCCACGAGGUUACCAUUGUUGAAACCUCCGAUCGCUAUCCUAUCGAACCAAAACCAGUCAGAGCUGGAUGAAUUUGCUACAGACAUAUAUGAGUGGUUGUCUCUGGUCCGACUUGAUAGUCCACGAAUCAAUAUAGAUGACAAGAUCGACCCAUAUUUGUCCAAUUACACCAUUCCUGGUGCUCCCGACGACCUUCAGGAAGGCAAGCUGUGCCGAAUUAGCUGGCAAGGUUUUAUUCCGCCAAGGUGGACUCGACAAACCUUGGCGGAAGUAAUACUCGCCCUGCCAGCCAAGUCAUGGUUCUCGCUAAGCACUACGACGUUCGCGAGGGAUAUCGUUGGUGACAGCGCCGAUUGUACCAUUUUAAGACCACCUAACUCGUCCGGAGAGUAUCUUCUCUGGGAUAUCAGGAAACAGAAUUGA